UACCGAUAUUUGUUAUGGUAAAGGAAGCGGCUUUCCUGAGAAGUUGGGAAGAAGAGAGUGGUGAGUGAGAGUGAGAAAUCAGAAGAGAGAGAGAGAGAGAUGGAGGUUGGAUUCUUAGGUUUGGGGAUAAUGGGCAAGGCUAUGGCAACCAACUUGCUACGCCAUGGCUUCAAAGUCACUGUUUGGAACAGAACCCUCUCCAAGUGUGAAGAACUUGUGCAACAUGGUGCUUCUGUUGGAGAAACGCCAGCUACUGUAGUCAAGAAAUGCAAGUAUACAAUUGCAAUGCUAUCUGAUCCUUCAGCUGCUUUAUCGGUUGUGCUUGAUAAAGAUGGUGUUCUUGAUCAUAUUAAUGGAAAAGGUUACAUUGACAUGUCAACAGUGGAUGCUGAUACAUCCUCCAAGAUAUCUGAGGCUAUCAAAGCAAAAGGUGGUUACUUCCUUGAAGCUCCUGUUUCGGGUAGCAAGAAGCCUGCAGAAGAUGGCCAGCUGGUUAUACUUGCCGCAGGAGACAAGGUAUUUCUAAAUGUUAUUCUGUAAAUUGUUGAUAAAUAU